GUCGACUUCCAUUAGCCCCACACAGUCAACUGUCACUUUCCCUUUAGUCCCCACCUCUCACACUGCGCCACCAAAUGGAUCCUCCGCCGCCGCCGGUCACGCCGCUUCCCGCCGUCAAUGCCGCUGCAACGGAGUCCCUCGACGACGACUCCCCCCGCUCACGCGCCGCCGUGGACGGCCUCGCCGAGGAGCCCCUGCCCCCGAAGCUCCGCCUCAUGUGCAGCUACGGCGGCCACAUCAUCCCCCGCCCCCACGACAAAUCCCUCUGCUACGUCGGCGGCGAGACCCGCAUGGUGGUCGUCGACCGCAACUCCUCCCUCGCCGACCUCUCCGUGCGGCUUUCCCAGUCCCUCCUCAACGGCCGCCCCUUCACCCUCAAGUACCAACUCCCCAACGAGGACCUGGACUCCCUCAUCACCGUCUCCACCGACGAGGACCUCGACAACAUGAUCGACGAGUACGACCGCACCGCCUCCGUCUCCCAUUUCAGGCCCUCGCGCCUCCGUGUGUUCCUCUUCUUCAAGGCUCCGGAGACGGCCAUGACGAUGGGGGCCUUGCUCGAGGAUGCCAAGUCCGAGACUUGGUUCGUCGACGCGCUCAAUAAUGCCAUGGCCCUCCCCCGGGGGUUCUCCGACUCCGCCACCAUGGGCGGCUUGAUGAACCUGGACAGAGUGGUGAACAGCGGUUCUUCCACCGAUUUGGAAGCUCAGGCGAAGCCGGUUCACGAGGUGCAUUCUAUGCCUGGCUCCCCUAUGGUCGAGAAUAACUCCUCAUAUGGGUCAUCCUCCUCCUCGCCCUCGAUGUCCAACCUGCCCCCGAUAAGUGUGCGUGUUGCUGAUCAAGAUACUGGGGCCAGGCCCCAGGAUCAGAGGGUUGGGAUCGAGGAACAGUUUGUGCAGAGUAGCAUUGCCCCGCCUCCGAAUAUGAGCGAUGGGUUCGGUCUCUUGUCGGGCCCUCCCCCGACAAUUCCCUCGGGUGUUGUCCCUGGGAAUUCAAAUGUGGCAUCAGCAGCAAUGGGUGUUAAUCAAACAGCCGCUUCUGGGGAAAAUGUGAACCGGGGAAUGUCCGAUGACGAGAGAUCGGAUCAAGGGGUCCCACUCACCUUUCGGAAGCCACCACUGCCUCUGCAGCCCGUGCAGAUGCAUCCGGUUCAACAGAAGGCUGCUGGCCUUUAUAAUUUGCCCUCCCCUGAUUCCGUCGCGAGCGAUAGUAGCAUAGCAUCUGCGAGCUCCCUCUCGAGACCCGUCAUUUUGGAAGACCAAACUCACGCCCACAGCAAGGACCAGAGGGGCCAGGCAAGCCCAACCUUAAAAGAAGGUGUCUUGGACCCAACCUUAAAUCUCCAAAUCCCGCAGCUUCAAGAGCCUGCCUACAUGAUUCCCCCGCAAACUGAUCAACCGCAACAGCAGCAACAGCAGCAGUUCGUGCAAAUGAGCACACACUACAUCCCCCAUCAUGCUACUAACCCAGUCCUCAUCCCCCCUUACUAUCACCCGAUCUAUGCCACACAAUCUCAACAGCAGCUUCAUCACCACCCGAUCAAUCAGCAGCAGCAACCAGUUUAUGUAUUCCCUUUUCCGCAAGCUCAGCCUUAUAACAUGUCCGUGCAGCCCAAUGUAGCUGAUAACAGCUCGGCUCUUGCCUCAAGUCGCCCUCCCCCAUCUCCGAGUCCCACCAUAAUUCAUUCUUCAGGAUACAAAGAUACAAACACAGGCCCACCACAAAUAUACUCUACAAAAUCUGCAACCCAAAUGAAGCCCGAAAUGUACAGCUCUUACAUCACUUCAUCUCCUCCACCUCUGAUCCCCAUCCAGUCAAAUCAGUACCAGCAGCAGCACCUCGGGAUCUCUACCCAACCUCAGCCUGCUGCCAUGGCUUCAUCCAUGGCUUCGAACUAUGCGUUCGAUUACUCUCAUGCUGCUCAUGAUCAGGCUUAUUACACUCAGCACCAUGUACCUCCGCAGUACCAGACCAUGACUGCAGCAGCAGCAGUGGCGCUCUCUGAUGCUUCGAAGCAGCUCCCUGUCGACAUUUCAAAGCAGCAGAUGAUGACCACACAGCAGCCAAUCUAAGGUAACGAACUUAGAUACUGUUGUAAGUAAAAGAAAACGAGAAAUAGUAUGCUCCUGUGAUAUGUAAUAACAUAUAGUUCGAAUUGUGUUGGGAAACGGGGACUUGCUUUCUGGAUACUGAAUAUGGAAUGGACUGGAGGUGUUGCUAUAUGGCUUAUAUGGUGGAAAUUGUGUUAGCUUAAUGAGAACUUUUGUACACUCCAUGAAUGCAUUCUCAUUGAAUAAAUACUGGACUUUUCGCUA